AUAGUUUGAGACCCAACCUUUUAGGUCUUAUCUGCUUACAUCGCUAAUAAAUUGUAAUAAUAUUUCUAUAUUUUAGAAUUUUAAAAGUAUCUUAUACUUAACAUAGUGAAAAGCAAAACACUAAAUAAUUUGAAUGCAACAUUUUGUCAUUCGAUCCUGUCAACUUAUUAGUCAUAUAUAUAUUUUUUGAGUGCGUUCAGAGAUCAUGGAGACAAAUGACGAGGUUGUAGAAAGACAAAAGCUCGUAACAAACGACAUUGAAGGCGAGGAAGAUAUCAACAACCAUACGACUUUGCCAAAAUCUGCUCCUAUAUCAGAAAGUAUCCUUGCAACGGCGGCAGUUCCCAAAAUGAUUACAAAAAACGUGUCCAGUGGAGAUACAACCCGGAGCAGGAAUUCAGCCAGCUGUUCUAUAGAACGAACAUCUGAAAAAGGUCAACUAACUUCUGCUAAAGUUACAUAUAUAAAUGAGCGCCGUACUCGUCCAAAUUUACACAUUAGUGCCAGCGUGAGUGGAUGUAGCAAUGAUGAACGACUUGAAUUCAAAUCCCGACAGCGUAAAUUACUUAAAGAGGCAGACAUAUGCAACAGGGAAGACAACAUUACAGAAAACUCCCGCGAUGUAUACUUCAAUAGUAUAGAUUUUGCAAUAAAACCUGAAAUUACUCCAAAACAAAACCCUGAUAGCUCAAAUAAUAAAAACAGUUCGCAUAUAUUUCGUGAAAAAGUGAGUACCAUCGAUCCUUCUAUUCCGUUAAACACCACCAAUGCGGGCAGUAGCUCAAACCUUAACGAAUUCGACCAUCGUCCUAUUAAACAUCACUCAUUUGUCUCAGAAGUUCCGGACGUGAAGCAUAUGGAACGAGCUCUUUUAGGUCUUCUUGAUGAUUUUCAUUCUGGAAAGCUAAAGGCUUUUGGUUCUGGUUGCACUAUGGAACAGAUGACUAAAAUACGAGAACAACAAGAAAGUUUGGCCAAAUUACACUUUGAGUUAGCCGCUGUUGAAGAAGACUCAUUAGAGAGCGUCCACGAUUUGAAUGCUGCUAAAGCACAGGAAAAUAUGUUGCAAUUAGUCCAACGCCUUGAACAGUUGUCAGUUUCGAUUGAGCAGUUACAGUCAAGUCACUUAGGACUAUGAAACAGAAACUACAUGUAAAUGUAUAGAUAUUACCGAAGAUUUUAGAAUUACAAUAAAGAACCCUAAAUUUUAUUAAAGUUAUUUAACGAGUAAUAUCAAAGUAAAACUUGUAAGGUCAUUUAUGGAGUAGCACUAAGACGAACAGCAUAAAUAAGUCGAACGCCAAACGUUUAAAUCAAAUUAGGUUCCCAAGAUAUAAAAACAAAUUUUCGCAAAUUUGGAAAAAUACGUAUUUAUACAAUUUUGGUUACAUUUAAGUAGCUGUGAGUCUUUUAAUAUCUUGUAAUUUCCGAAACAUUAUUUUUACAUGUAUGAUUCACUCGCUAUUUUUUAUUUCUUAUAUUUUUAUAUGUUACCAAUUCGGAUUUGGUGAAAUGAUAAAAAAUCAGGCUUACAUUUUAAGUAUCUUGAGAAAAUAAGGCGAAAACAUCUAUGAAGAACAAACUCAUCUAUUAGAAGUUAUUUUGAUAAUUGAAGACAAACAUCUCGUUUAUAUGUAUUUUAAUAUAUUUUUAUUAGGUAUAUAUAUUUAGUUACAUACUUUCAAUAAUUUUAUUUAUUUAUGUAGAGUCUAAAUGUUUUUACUUUGCAUUAUUUAUGCUAUAAUGGUAAUGAUAAUAAACAAUCAAUUUUUAUAUUCUUUAACAUAACUUUUUUUUUCCUUUUUUAUAUUCCUUUUCUUUUUUAUUUUGUGUAUCAAUUAAAAGUGUAAAGAUUAAUAUUUGUUAUAGUACACCUCAUACCAUUACUAAAUAAAGCACAUUGUUUUAUAUAUAUUUUUUUCUUUUUCACGCAUUUUUAUCAGUACCAAAUGCAAUAGCUCUAAUACAAGAAAGAAAAAGUGAAUAUUCAAUUUUUUAAAUAAGAAUGUAUAAUUCGUCGAUAAUUUAGAAAUACUUUACUGGUAUUUAUGUGUCUCGUAUAUACAAUGUCCAAAUAAUAGCUGAUUUUAUAAUGGCGUAAUGCAGAAAACAACUUCACAUAAUUUUUUCAACUAAGUAAAUAUUUAUAUGUCCAUAAAUUUCACAUACUUCACAUUGUGGUGUAUUUUUAAAAUGACUAUUGAUCAAUGAUAAAACAAUUACAUAUUUAUACGUAUCAAGAUACAGGUAAUUCGUUACAGGAGAUUGUUUCUCCAAUCUUCCUUCCGAACCUGUAAUUGCACAACGCACUGAUGCCUUCAAAGCCUUUUUCUUGAAAAAUGCAUAACGUAUUCAAAAGCUUAAGUUUUAUAGCCAAUGUAUUCGUAUUUCCCACUUUUGUGCUGUUUUAGAAAUUUUCAUUUUCAUAAUUGAAUCGGUUACCAUUUUAACGGAUUGCAUAUAUAAGAAUU